UGUGUUAAUCUUCUGCUGUGAUAAAACUGGAAAAUGGCAUGAAAUCAGUACUUUUUAACCUGUGUUUUGACUUUGAGGCCCCAUGUCAAAGGACACAUUUCCAUUUACCUCUACUUCACUGCGCUCUCUGAGACUGGAGCAGGCGUUUCAGGAAUGGGAGGAUGCACGGCGAGCACUGGCUCACAGGAGAGCCAUGAGUAGAGCGCCUUUGCCUCGGGCCCCGAGGCCUCCUCCCCGUCAGCAGCGGCUCCAGGAAGUCAGGGCCCCUCCGCCCCAGGUGAGGUGCAGAGACACUGCCGUCCACAACACUUUCAUGUGCGGGGACAUGAAAGGAGUGUAUGCAGUGCUGAAGGACCCUGCUAUGGUCAAUGCCUUGAUGGAGACAGUGCAUGAGGAGAUGGUGUGGGCUCCAGAGAUGGGCAUGUGGACCAUGAGCUCCACGGUGAAACAGACCUCAGCCUUACGUCUGGCUGCCAGCAGAGGACACACAGCAUGUGUGGAGGAGCUGCUUUUUCGUGGGGCGGAGGUGAACGAUGACCCUGGAGGCAACACAGCCCUCCACGAUGCCUGCAUAGGUGGCCAUUCUAUUUGUGUCCAGCUGCUGCUCUCUCAUGGAGCAGAGCCUGAUCUGUUGGCUGCAGAUGGCAGUGCCCCUCUUCACCUCUGUACCUCUGCCCAGUCAUUCCACUGUGCUGAGCUGCUUUUAGAAGGAGGUGCAGAGGUCAACGUGAGGACCAGGGAGUCAAGACUCACACCUCUGCAUGUGGCUGCUCGGCGAGGCCUCGAAGAGCACGUCCAGCUCUUUCUUAGCCACGGAGCUGAUGUGUUAGCCACAAAUCGAGAGGGCGAGACCCCUCUGAACGCUGCAUGCUCCGGAGCCGAGAGACCAUCUGAGGCCGGACGCUAUCUUCGUGUGGUUCAGAAGCUUCUGGAUGCAGGAGCCGAUGCUCGAACUGCAGGCAGGAAGCAGCACACUCCACUGCACAACGCCUGUGCAAACUGCUGCCCCAGGAUUGUAGACCUCCUCCUGCAGCAUGGGGCCAAGGCUGAUGUCACCAACUGUGCAGGAUACACAGCCAUGGACUGUUUGCUGCAGGUGGUAGAAGAUUUCCCGGACCAGCAACCUGAAGCAAUUGCACAAUCACUUCUGAACCACGGAGCUAAGCCUGUUUCACCAAAGAUGCUGAAGCAGUGUGUCCUCUCCCUGACCACUGUCGAGGUGCUGCUGAACUCGUACCCCCACCUCCCGCCCUGUGAAUGGAUGGAUGCUGUGUCUGCUGAGAUGUAUGAGGAGCAACGGUCUUUCUUCCAGCUGGUGCGUCAGCGAAGUGCUCAGCCUCGCUCUCUGCAGCAUCUCUGUCGGUGUGCUUUACGUCAGCAUUUAGGAGCCCAGUGUCACUCAGUUGUCAGCAAACUGGACAUUCCCAGCUGUGUGAGGGAUUAUUUGCUGCUCUGUAAUGAUGGCACGCUCUUCUGACUGUACAUAUUGUGUAUCUUGCCUCAUUGGAAACUUAUAUUAUUUUAGAUUUCAGGGGUUUUCAGGUGGUGACCCUCAGAUACACAUGAUAGAAAUGAGCGUGUGACUCAACUUUACAAAAAUAGUUGCACUGAAGAACACAAAUGUAUGUAACAUGUAUAGCAUGUCUGUGAUACUAUUUUAAACUAACACUUACUUUUUGUGAAAUUCAGACACAUUUAAUGGUUUUAUUUGUUCAUGGAGAAGAGAAAUAACCAAAAAAAACGUUCAGAUGAUGUUAUAAAAAGUUUUGGCUAUUUACUGUUGAUUUGGAUUGGUUGGUGCUAUAUGUGUAUACGAAAUGUUCAUGGAAGCAAUGAAGAAGGAGCUGCAGACGGUUGGCGUGACAGAGGAGGAUGCUAGGGUUACAGGGUGGACUGGAGGCAGAUGUUAUGCUGUAGCAGCCUCUAACGGGAGCAACCUGAAGAAGAAGAUGCUUCAACUGAAAUGUGCGUAAAAGGUGUUUGACAUUAGCAUUGGGGGAGUGGUGAACUAAACAUAUAGGUACAUAUUUUGCAGUAGCUGAAUUGGCAUAUUAUACGGAGAAAAGUACUGGGCCACUUACAGGAGAAGCUCGAUUGUAGAAAUCAAUGAAAAAAAGCUCCUGGUGAACAGUUUUUGUCCUGAUGUUAAUGUCAGAGGAAGUUUGAAAUGCUUGUCGUCCCUCUCUCAGCUCUCAUAGGGCAGAGACUGGGUGCACACUGGACCGGUCGCCAGUCUAUUACAGGGCUAAC